GUUAUGGGGACAAACUUUACAACAGUGACCGAGUUCAUCCUUCUGGGGCUGACCAAUCUCUGGGAACUAGAGAUCCUCGGCUUCCUGCUGUUCCUGGCUGUUUACACGGUCACCGUGGUGGGAAACACUGCCAUGAUUGUCCUCAUCGUGGCUGAUGCCCGGCUCCACACACCCAUGUACUUCUUCCUCAGCCACUUAUCCUUUGUGGAUCUCUGCUUCUCUUCCAAUGUGACUCCGAAGAUGUUAGAGGUUUUCCUGUCAGCAAAGAAAACCAUUUCCUACCCUGCCUGCCUGGUCCAGUGCUACUUUUUCAUCGCCUUGGUGCACGUGGAGAUGUACAUUCUGGCCGUGAUGGCUUUUGACAGGUACAUGGCCAUUGGGAACCCUCUGCUCUAUGGUAGCAGGAUGUCCAAGCGAGCGUGCGUGGUGCUCGUCCUGGUGCCUUACGUCUACGGAGCGCUCACGGGUCUCAUGGAGACCAUGUGGACCUACAGCCUGGCCUUCUGCGGCCCCAAUGAAAUCAAUCACUUCUACUGUGCUGACCCCCCACUCAUUAGGCUGGCUUGUUCUGACACCUCCAGGAAAGAAACGUCCAUGUUUGUUGUGGCUGGGUGCAACCUUUCCUUCUCUCUCUUCCUCAUUUUCCUUUCCUACUUUUACAUUUUCCGUGCAAUUCUUAGGAUCCACUCCAUAACAGGCAGACACAAGGCCUUCUCUACCUGUGCCUCCCACAUGACAGCUGUCACCAUAUUCUAUGUGACACUCUUUGUCAUGUAUCUAAGACCCCCAUCCAAGGAAUCCGUGGAACAAGGGAAAAUGGUGGCUGUGUUUUAUACGACAGUGAUUCCCAUGCUGAACCCCAUGAUCUACAGCCUUAGAAAUAAAGACGUGAAAGAAGCCUUGGCCAAUCAGCUUUCAAGGAAGGAAAUUUAUUUUAAUGAGAAA